CGUUGCCACGGUUUCCGUUUUUUUCCUCACACGCUCCCGGGUGUUCCUGACAGGAAGCUGGUUAGCUUAGCAUAAACCCCGAGAUGAAGAUACUGAGAGGGUUUUUAAUUUCAUCGUUCAUUUUAUUCACGCAUAAUAUUUAGGAAUAUCUUCUAAGUCGGCAUGAGCGCAUCUGAACUGCGAAUAGGAGACCAGCUGAUCCUGGAAGAGGAUUACGAUGAGAACUACAUUCCAUCUGAACAAGAGAUCCAGGAAUACGCCCGAUAUAUCGGGAUCGACCCUGAGAGGGAGCUGGAACUCCUGUGGCUGGCUCGAGAGGGCAUCGUGGCACCGCUGCCUGCAGAAUGGAAGCCCUGUCAGGAUGUGUCCGGCGACGUCUACUAUUUCAACUUCUCCACCGGUCAGUCCACGUGGGACCACCCAUGUGACGAGCAGUACCGCCACCUAGUGACUCAGGAGAGGGAGCGUGCCUCUGGCUCUGCCCCUGUCAGAAAGGACAAGGAGAAGAAGAAGAAAAAAGAGAAGAAGGAGAAAAAAAGAGAGAAGAAGAAGAGCAAGCCAGAGGGUCCGAAAGCACCAGGGCCACUGGGUCCUCUUGCUCCGCUCCGAAGUGUGUGUGAUGCUCCUGUUCCAGCGCUCCAUGGUUCCCUAGGCAGCUCCUCCAGCCUUCAACCUCUAAAGAAGCCACUAACGGGCUCUCGAGUGAGCUCCGGUUUGCAGAGGGUACGCCAGGAAGAGUGUUCUUCUCUGGCUCCGCCCAUAUUUUAUUCUGAUGAUGAGGAUGAAGAUGAUGACAACAAAAAGGAAGAGUGGAAAAAUAUUUCUUUACCUCAGAGUCCACGUGGUGCAUCACACUUACUGCAGAAUCUGCACCUCGACUUGGAUGCUCUGGGAGGAGGACUGCAGUACGAGGACAGUGAAAUAAGUGGCACAGCUCCAGCUGAGGAGAGAACCGAACCAGAGCUCCAAGACCUAGCUCUCUCAGGAGAAAUCAGCGCCAACCCUCCAUCUCCAUCUCCGGACUCACUGCCAGGGCGUCGUCUCUCCUCCAAGCAGCUAGGCGGCAGUAGAAACUGCAGCAGCGCAGACGUUUUCCCUCCGAGUCGGCAGGACGCGAGCCUCGCAGAGGAUGAAUUGAUUUUAGAGGAGGAGGGUGAAGAACAACCAAGGGAUGAGAAAAGAAGUGAUGAAGAGGAAAUAGAGUCAGAAGGACAAAAUGUGAGGGACGAGGAAAAGGAGGGAAGAGAGGAAUCAGGGAAUGAAUUAAACGAGGAGAAAAAGAGUGGGGUAGAGACACUGAAAGAGAGGGAGGAAAUGGAGGAAAGGAAAACACCAGACAGUGAUAAGAUCAGGGAGCGAUAUGUAGAUCAGCUGGAGGAUUCUGGGGAUGAAGAGGAACAAAGCGAGAGGGAUGAAGAAGGAAAGGCAGACUGGAACGUACAGAACAAGGUCGUAGAAGAGAAGAAGGAAAAUCAGGACAUCGAUGGAGUUGGAGAGGAGGCUGAGAGUUGCAGAAGCAGUUCUGAAGAACAGACGGAUAAAGCGGUUGAGCGCAGGAGCGAGGGAGAGGGAAAAAUGAGUUUAAAUCAUGCUAAAGAAGGAGAGGGGAAUGACAAAGAGUUGGGGGCCUCCAAAAUGUCCGAGAGCGAGGAUGAAGAUAUCGAACGAUUGCGCAACAUUAAAGAAAGCGCAGACACGCCGCUCCAGCAGAAAUGCAUGCUGGGAAAAAAGCAGCUUCAUCGCUCGGUUCGGCUUCCCAGUGAGGAUUCUGAGAUCAGUGAACAUGUUGAAGUGGCGUCCAGCCAUUCUGAUGACAUGAAGCUGGGGUUCCGGUCCCGGUUUUCAGAGAACAUUCUAGAUCUGUCUGAUCUCUGCCCGGCCCAGCCCUCAGCAGCUCCAAAGGAAAAAGAAAAGGAACCAGAAAAGAAACAGGAAUACGAGGAGGACGAGGAAGAGGUCGAGAUGAGAGGCGAAGCUGCCAAAAGCAGCAGGCAUUCGAAGAUCUUCAGUCUAAACGAGCGGCGCUCCGAUCACAUGCAGGAACCACUGUCUGAACACGAGGAUGUGGAAAAAGAAAGAAGAACGAUGAUUGAGGUGGAGGAGAAGAAAAAACGACAGCACGAGGCUGAAGAACGGACUGAAAGAGAACAGAAAGGGAGGGACGAGGAGGAGGAGGGGGAGAAGAAAAGGAGGUUUGAAGAUGAGCAGAGAACGAGGAGGGAAAGGGAGGAGGAGGAGACACUGAGACAGAUCGAGGAGGAGAGGUUGAGAGCGGUGGAGGAGCGUGAAAGAAGACUGCGCCUCCUUCGAGAGGAGCUGAGAAGAGAAGAGGAAGAGGAAGAGCGAAGGAUUAAAGCGGAGAACGAGAAAAGGAUCAGGACCCUCAAGGAGCGUCUGCAGAGAGAAAGGCUAGAGGAGGAGGAGCGUCUAGACCGGGAAACAAAAGCCGAACUGCAGCAACUCAGAGAGCAGGCUCUGAGGGACAGAGACACACACCUACACAUACUCAGGAAGGAGAACGAGGAGAAGGUGAGAGAGCUUCUUGCUGAGCUGGAGGCAGAGUUUGAGAGACUGAAGGUACAGAGGAACCAGGACUUGGACAAAAUGAAGACGGAAUCAGAGGAGGAGCUGAAGGCUGAGAAAAAGAGGCUUCAGGAGAGGAAGGAGGAGCAAUUAGCUUCCCUCAGUCUGGAGGGGACGACUAUUGAAAGACAACGAGAUCUCAGAAGUCCUCAACCUCAACAGCAGCUACUGGAGUACAGAAGAGAGCUGUCCGAGGUGCUGCAGGAAGUGAGGGAGGAAGUGCAGAGGGAGCACAGCAGGAAGCUGGAGCAGCUUAAAGAAGAGCAUCAGCACCAGCUGCAGGCCAUUAGAGAAACACACUUGGAGGAGGAGAGAAACAAGCGGGAGUGUGUAAUGAGUGCACUACAGGAGGAGAGAGAGCGAAUUCUGUCCUCACACUCAGCUCAGCUGGAGCAGCUCAGACUGCAGCUGGACACACAGCUCUAUAACAUGCGCAAAACACACACUCAAAGGGAAGUUGAAUUGCAGGAGUUGAUGGAUGUGCUAGAACUGAAGACUAAAGAGCUCAAAAUUCAGGAAUCAAGACUCCUGGCUCAGGCAGCAGAUCUGAAAAAGAGGAGGAAACUUUUGGACGAGGAAGAAGAUGAAGUUGAAAGAGGCUUAGAGACUCUUCCACGUCUGCUGAAAGAGCGAGAUCGUCUGCGUGCCGAUCUGGAGAGAGCGAGGGAUGAGACGGACAGAGAGCGGGAGGAGAGAAUGAGAGAGAGGGAGGAGCUGGAGAGAGAGAGGAAGGACAGGAAGAGAGAGAGGGAGGAAAAUGGACUGUUGAAAGAAGAAAGAGAGAGACUGCAGUGCAAAGUGGAGCUGCUGCAGGACAAAUGUGAUCGGCUCAGCCUAAGAGUCAGUGAGUUGGAGCAGAGAGGGAGUGCUGAAGAGGAGAAGAAGAAUGAGAGAGUGAGAGAGGAGGAGAGGGAAAAAAGAGUGAACGAGGAGACACUGCGAGUGGAGGACUUGGUGCCUUCUCCAUCCAACGACGUUCAUAGUAACAUCGAGGAGCUGCGUGAGUUCAUCUCGAAUGAGAAUGUCUCUCUGCAGAAAGCAAGGCAGUUUUUAGACCGUCAGAGCGGAAGUUUAAGAGAGAGACAGACGAUGCUCAAGGCAGCCCGGACCACCCUUCAGGACACUACCUCAGUAGGCGUGCCCCACCUGAACCUCCAGCAGGAGGCAAGUUGUUUAGAAGAGCUGAAAGAGACUGUGCAGAAGGGUCAAACGUUACUGAGGAAGAAAGAGGAGAGGCUGAGCCAGCUGGAGAACUCGCUAGUCGAGGAGCUCUCCUGUGAUGACGAGAGGAUGGAGGCAGAGCGGAGAGUCACGUUUGAUCUUACAGAUUCGGAGAUCAGCAGCCUCUACGGUCAGGAAGGAACAGUUCCGGUGAAGGUGCAGCAGCUUGCAGACUCAUUGCAGAAGAUCUCCAGUCAGCUGAACACGGUGUUAGGAGCUCUGGGACCUCUGACCCAGAGAACCUCCACGUCCUACCCACUAACUUCGUCCGUUCCUCCUGCUCCAUCCUGGGCGUGGUCUCCAAACGCCGCCUCAUCAUCAUCCACAGCCAAUCAAAACGGGUUCACACAUGGAACCAUUAGUGGGGUCACGACGCUGCGCGGCUCCGAUCUGCUGCUCAACUCCGACUGGAGAAAACUUCUCCCUGGGGUUUCCAUGGAUACCGGCGCUUCUUUUUCCACAAGAGGUCACACUGUGUAUUCUGGAUACAUGAAACCAAGUCUCUCUUCCAUUAUGCAGUCUAAAUCAUCGGAGUUGGACAGUCUGCGACUGCAGGGACUGAUUGAAGGCAACAAAAGAUGGCUGGAGAAACAACGGAAAGACACUAAUGUACCUUUGUUCACACGCUACCAGGCUCCCCCAUCUACAAAUGGUUUGGUCCAACUCAGCCUGGAUGAAAAUAAUCAGAUCAGAGUGCACCAUUAUUGAAAUAGGGGGGAUUUAUUAGUAGCACAGUUAACUUUGCACAGGCAGAAUUUUUAAAACAACAAAUGACACUAAAGAGAAGUGUGUGUGUGUGUGUGUGUGUGUGUGUGUGUGUGUGUGUGCGCACAUGUGAGAGAGAAAGAGGUAAAGAAAGUUAACGUCUUCCUCAGGGAAACCCCUUUUCGCUCUAUGAACUCGAUAUCGAUCGAUCGGAUGACUUAAUUCCCACAAGUAAAUGGUGUACUUUAAUUUGGAAAACCAUUAUAAACGAAUGACAUCGUUAUUUUUAAAAAUCUGUCCUCCAGCAGAAUAAUAAUGAAAUAUUAUGGUACUGUAUUGUAUAUUAUGUUUCUGAUUCCUGUUUGUAUUUGUAAAACUGCACACAAAAAAGCACAUACGACAAUCUCAGGGACACUUCAGUGUCCUAGAUUUUAUAACCAGCAUUGCACCGUAGUACGACCCCUGAUCACCAGCAGCAUUUAUUUUAUACUCUUGAAGCUGGAGUGUGUUUGUGUAUGUGUAUUUUUUUUAUUUUAUUUAAGUAAAAAGGUUUACAAACAUGUCCAACUGUUCCAUUGUCAAGUCGUGACUUUUAAAUAGUUAUUUUUGUACAAGCUGAAUAAAUUUGCUGUGGCUUUU